AUGUCGCUGUUGCAAGGCUUGAGGUGGACGGCGCUCACCAGCUUUUUUCAAGGCAAGCAGGCGUGGCCUUGCCCCCUCCCGAGCCGGCCCAUGGCCACCCUCAACCAGAUGCACCGGCGCGGCAAGCCGGCAAAGCCGGCGCCCACCCUGGGCGCCACUUUUGGCCGGCCGCAAAUGAAGGCUGUGGUCCUCAAGACGCUGAUCCGCAAGCCCAAGAAGCCCAACUCGGCCAACAGAAAGUGCGCGCGUGUGCGCCUCUCCAACGGCAAGGAGGCAGUGGUCUUCAUUCCCGGCGAGGGCCACAACCUCCAGGAACACAACGUGGUCCUGGUGCAGGGCGGGCGCACGCAGGACUUACCCGGCGUCAAGCUCACUGUCGUCCGGGGGAAAUACGACUGCGCGCACGUGGUCAAAAAGAAGCAGUGA